GACACAAGCAAGGAAGCCGACGGUAUAAAAUCCCCAAAUGCCCUCCUCCACGACCUGUAUAGCCCUUCGAAGAAAUCUGAGACUUGCGACAUUUUCUGCUUAUCUCAUACGCUCUCAUCGUUUCUCCCACGAUUCUAAUCAAAUCCUUUUAGCUUCUUCACCGCUUUCUGCCUUUUCUUUGCUUUCUCCGUCGAUCGAAACAGGGGCUUCGACGCCUUUCUUCUCUGCUUUAAGAUUUGAUCGUACGAUGGCUACUCAAUCCCAGCCUAAAUCUGUCCAUGAUUUCGCUGUUAAGGAUGCUAGGGGAAAUGAUGUUGAUCUCAGUAUCUACAAGGGAAGGGUCCUGUUGAUUGUCAAUGUUGCAUCACAAUGUGGCUUAACCAAUUCCAACUAUACUGAGCUGAGUCAGCUGUACCAGAAGUACAAAGAUCAGGGCUUCGAGAUUUUGGCAUUUCCAUGUAACCAGUUUGGAGGUCAGGAACCGGGCACAAACGAAGAGAUUGUACAGUUUGCUUGCACUCGCUUUAAGGCUGAGUAUCCAAUAUUUGAUAAGGUUGAUGUGAAUGGUGCAAAUACUGCUCCUAUUUAUAAGUUCUUGAAGUCUAACAAAGGUGGUCUUUUUGGGGACAGUAUUAAGUGGAACUUCUCCAAGUUCCUGGUGGAUAAAGAUGGAAACGUUGUUGACCGAUAUGCUCCCACAACUUCACCUCUUAGUAUCGAGAAAGAUGUAAAGAAACUUUUGGGGAUUGCUUAAAUCGCCAUCCUCGUCAAGUAAAUGCAGAGAUAUUGGUAUGAAUGAAUAAGCUCCAGUAGGAGAUUCCUGUUAGUUGGUUUUCUUUCCUAUGCUACAGAACAUGUUGCUCGGCUGUACUACAAAGCAAACAGAACUAUGUAUGGAGAAAUUUGUGUUUUGGCAAAGUAAUUAUAAUACAAAUGUUUGAUGUUAGUUGUAACUUGCA